AUGACACGAGUGCUGCACUCCGACCCGUACAAACUAUGUCAAACUCACAUGGUGUUGAUCUGCGAUAGCCUUGAUGUAUAACUCUAAUGGUUACAUCAUUAUUCGUUCGUCAACGUGGUCUUCACGUUGAUGAUUCUACAUAGAUGUCAUCAAAGAGAAAAGUCCACAAGAUGCAAUCCAGAGGGCAAAUAAUGAAUGUGAUACAUCGAAUAAUUGAACUGAUUGCCAGGAAAAUAUAUCUGUUUAUGGCAUUUUUGAGAGGUCCAGCUGAGACACAACCACCUUUGAAGGAUCUAACUCUUUUACAUAGUGCAACCACCUUAGCUUUUAAAAUUCGAAACAAACAGUUAACUUCAGAACAAGUACUGCAAUCAUAUAUAGAUAGGAUAACAGAAAUUCAACCAGUAUUAAAUUGUGUAGUUGAAAAUCGCUUUGAAGAGGCUCUGAAGGAAGCAAAGAAAUGCGAUGAAUUUUUAAAAUCUCUUGAUCCUUCGUCUCUUCAAGCAUUAGCUACAAAGAAGCCCUUCUUCGGUGUGCCUUUUACAACAAAAGACUGUAUUGGAAUUGCCAAUAUGAAACAAACAGCUGGUUUAGUUGUUCGUAAAAAUACUUUAGCCGAAUGCGACGCGGAAGUGAUAAGAUUAAUGAGAGCGGCUGGAGGUAUACCCUUGGCAACAACAAACGUUUCAGAAUUAGCCAUGUGGUGGGAAACUAGUAACUAUUUAUAUGGAACUACGAAUAAUCCCUACAACACUAGACAUAUUGUUGGAGGAUCUUCUGGGGGUGAAGGUUGCAUACAAGCAGCAGCUGGUUCUCCAUUUGGAAUAGGAUCGGAUAUCGGCGGUUCUAUUCGUAUGCCAUCCUUUUUCAAUGGAAUUUUCGGGCAUAAACCUUCCAAAGGUAUAGUUUCUAACAAUGGCCAGUAUCCGAGUGCCCAAAGCGAAGACCAGGACCGAUUGCUCGCUAUUGGCCCAAUGUGUAGAUACGCACAAGACCUGCAACCUAUUUUGAAAGUUCUUGCACAUAAAAAUAUAGACAUGUUGCGUUUGGAUGAAAAAGUAGAUAUGUCAAAGAUUAAGUUAUAUUAUAUGGAAGAUGAUGGUGGCCAGUUCCUAGUAUCUUCUGUGGAUCCUGAGAUAAAGGAAGCCAUGGGAAAAGUGGUUCAUUACUUUGAAAAAGCACAUAAAAUUAAGGCGACCAAACUUAAUAUUAGAAAGUUAAAAAAGAGCAUCGCUCUUUGGAUGGCAAACAUGAGUUGUAAAGAUGACAAAGAUUUCACGUACGAGUUGUCAAAUAGAAAUGGUCAUAUAACUCUGUGGUGGGAAUUUGUAAAAUGGAUGCUGUUCGUCAGCAACCAUACCUUGAUAGCUCUUCUUACUGCUGCUUUUGAGAGAUUCGCACUGAAACAUGGAAGCGACGAGCACACAAAAUUGAUCCAAGAAAGUAAAGAUCUUUAUCGGGAACUUCAGGAUAUUUUAGGUGAAGACGGUGUGUUCCUAUAUCCUACUCAUCCAACUGCAGCACCAUUGCAUCACGAACCACUGAUUAAGCCAUUCAACUUCUCAUACACUGGCAUUAUUAAUGUUUUGGGUUUACCUGCCACUGCUUGCCCCUUAGGUCUGAACAAGGAAGGACUUCCUAUUGGAAUACAGGUUGUUGGUGGACUGUACCAAGAUCACUUAACAUUAGCUGUUGCUGAGGAAUUGGAACGAGCUUUUGGAGGUUGGGUUCCUCCUCCCAUAGUAGCUUGACACAUGUGUCUGUUAGACAAUAAUCAAAUGCAUGGUACAAUGGAUAACGUCUCUUUUUAUCGUACUCUGCCAUCGUUAUUUUUCGACAAUUAAUGUACAUUUAUAUAAUUUAUACCAGAAAAUCAUAAGGUAAAGUACAAAUUCGUAUCCAGAAAGUAGAUAUCCGUGUUUAAAUGUCCUAAAUAUUUGAUGAUGUGUAUCAAAAAGUAUUUAAAAGGAACUUCUAUUACACGGCAUAGAAACUGAUGUCGGUUGGAAUAAUCGACUAUAAAAAAAUGUUGGAUAUUGUCUAUAACUUGAAAUCGUACGAUUGUAAUGAGAAAAUUUAAUAGUUUUCGUAAUCACAUAUUUAUACAUAAGUAUUCAUAAAUAUGUAUUAUAAAUUGGUGUUGAAUGAUUCUUUUUAUGAAAAGGAUCAGGUUCACAAAAGUAGCGACAUUUGUACAUAAGUAAACUUAUUACAUUACAUUUGACUACCGUUUUUAUAUACCUCAUUAUAGAUCUCUGUGGUAGGAUUUUCUAUUUUCAUACGAAUCGAGAGAAAAAGGAAACGGGAAGAGUGUAUGAGAUAAAAAGAGAGAAAAAAA